CAGGUCCCUCCCCUUCCAAGCCGGGCAGCACGUGGUUAGAGCCAGGCUGGCUGCUUGAAAGCGGAGGAAAGAGCAGAACAGAGGAGGAGCAGCAGGAAGGGAGGUCUGUUGCCGCCAUGGAGAGCAGGCCUGGAGGAGGAGAAGGCGGAGAAGGAGAAGAGCCGCCGCUGCUGCUGCUGCAGGGGAAGGAGGGGAGCCAGUCGGAGCUGCUGGCCAGGCAGCAACGCAAGGAGAAGCGGGAGCUGCAAGCCAAAAUACAAGGAAUGAAAAACACUGUUCCAAAGAACGACAAAAAGAGAAGGAAACAACUGCUGGAAGAUGUUGCCAAGCUAGAAGCUGAGAUGGAACAGAAACACAAAGAAGAACUGAAUAAUUUGAAGGAGCUAUCACCUGAACAGAAUAAAGAAUAUUCGGCAACUAUAAAUAUGUCAAGAUUGGAGCUUGGGGGCACAGAUCAGAUUCAGCCUACUAGAAUAUCAAAAGCACAAAAAAGACGGGAUAAAAAAGCAGCCCUGGAAAAAGAAAGAGAAGAAAGAAUAGCAGAAGCAGAAAUAGAAAACUUAACAGGGGCUAGGCACCUUGAAAGCCAGAAACUUGCACAUAUUUUAGCCGCGAGGCAAUUGGAAAUCAAGCAGAUCCCAUCGGACGGUCACUGCAUGUACAGAGCUGUUGAAGACCAACUCAGGGAACAAUCAAACUCCUGGACUGUUCCAGCUCUUAGGAGUCGGACUGCGGAAUAUAUGGAAAGUCAUGCGGAUGACUUUCUACCAUUUCUAACAAAUCCAAAUACAGGAGAUUUGUAUAGUCGAGAGGAAUUUGAAAAAUACUGUUAUGAAAUAGCAAACACAGCUGCAUGGGGUGGACAAUUAGAGCUAAGAGCUCUGUCACACAUUUUACAAACACCAAUUGAAGUUGUUCAGAUGGAUUCACCGCCUAUUGUUGUUGGUGAAGAAUAUAAUGGGAAACCACUAAUACUUGUGUAUAUGAGGCACGCAUAUGGAUUAGGAGAACAUUAUAAUUCUGUAAAACCUCUAUUGGAUAAGACUAUAGAAAAUGAAAGCUAGUACAUAAUUCAGAAGAUACUGAAAAAUGGGUGCAUCUUAUUUGUGACUUAUCUGGGUGGUUUUUAAGCUGACUCAUUCUGCACCGGUCUUUUUCUAAGGAUAAGCAAAGGCAGGGCAAUGUACUGCAUAUCAGAAAUCUGUUUUAAGUACUGGGGAGUCUAAUUUAAAUCAUGUUUCUAAAAAAAGGUUCCUGAUGUGUGGUAAUACUAUUUGCAAUAAAUUGUGUAUUACAGA